AUGCGCCUUAUAUUCGUGACCCUUCUCUUUGCCAUCAUCCAGCAGUUCGCCGGAGGUGUGCAGGUGCAAACAGAACACACCGUUGUCGAGUGGAGCUGGUGGGACAGCCAGGGCAAUGAAGAUUCCGGUGGCUAUCAAUACCAAUACCAAUCCCCAACGGGGACUAGUGAGGAUCUGCACGGUGAAGAUGAUGAAGAUGAAGACGAGAUGGAUGCAGAGGAGCUGUUGGCCCAGGCCAGUGCCGCCAACUUGGAGGAGGAUGAGGAGAGCUGCGAGUACAGCUGUCCGCGGUACUAUCGGCCCGUCUGCGUCCUCCGCAACGGCCGCCAAAUGACCUUCGCCACGCCCUGCGAGUUCCACAACCAAGUGCGAUGUGCCAGCGUCCUGAGGAGCAGAGGUCAGGGUCUGUCAGUGCCCAUCUUUCAGUACCUACAUGAUGGUGCCUGCUAG